AUUUGUCCUGUCAUCCUCGAAUAUGUGGUUUAAGUGAGCAAAUCAGAUAAAAUGUCAUGGCAUAAUUUCCAUAUACCAUUUCAAACCAGUUCAAAUAUAAUGCAACCCAUAUCUUUCCAGAAUGGCUCGUAACGUGGCAGUGACCUCCCUCCUCGUGAUUCUGUGCCUCGUAACAGCAGUUGCUGGACACAGAAACUACGAUUUUCGUGGACAUAGACCUCUUGGUGUCCACAGCAGUGUCUAUCCAUCCGCUAGUAUCCACGGAGGUAGCGCUCAUGGCCUAGGACUCGCAGGCUCUGGCAUCCACGGUGCUGGAUCCUUCAACCCCACUCAUUUCCCUGGCCUUGUGCCUGGUUUCGGCUUCCACCUCAACCAACCCGCAUCCGGUUACAACAACUGCAAGUACUGGUGCAAGAGUACCUAUACUAAACAGUACUAUUGCUGCCAACAGUCUUAUUAUGGUUAGAUCACUGUUCACUUUUGUAUUGACUGUGUUGUUGACGAACUGAUUUGUCUCUUAUGUUGACAAAAUCAUGUGCUGCCUCUCUAAAUAAAAUU